AUGGCAAAUAGACCCACUGACCGUAGCUUCAAAAACCAGCGGGAAUCGCUUCGGGCCACGAGAAACGAAGCUGCCGCUCUGGUGCCGCUGAGCCGGCGCCUGGAGCAGGACCUGCUCAGCCUAGUGUGCGAGAAGAAGCGCGACGACCAAGCCAGUGGCCGAGAGCGCUUUUCGUCUCCCGUGCGAUCGCGGCAAAAGGGAGGAAACAGCCGCGAGCGUCGCGACAGCGGAGACCAGCAGGAGCGGCGGCGGAGGAGGAAGGGCAGCCUGCCGAGACGCCGCAUCAAGUCUUCUUCUCCGUCCUCCUCUUCUUCCUCCGACCGGAGCCGCAGGGAACGCCGCCGGAGGCCCCGCCGAAGGUAA